CACACUCUAUAAAUGGAAUCAAACCAUUUUCCCCUCGGUUUCUGACAAACCACACCUCACACCCCACCCAACCACUCCCCGCACACCUCUCUCUCAGUGAUUUGAGUGAAUCAACUUCACCAACUCUCUCUCUCUCUCUCUCUCCAUUUCUCUAUUCGCAUUCCCACCUCAUUCAUUAUUUACUAUCAAGAAUAAGAAAUUGGGCAGCAGCAAAAUUGAGCUGUGAGCUGGUUACUUCAUUUCUAUUUCUGGAUCUGCGAAUUCUCAUUUGCAGUUUGAGUUCUUGACUAUAAUGCGGUCGCCAAUGCUGCUACCUGGCGGUCUGGGCCAUGUGCAAUCCUCCCUUUCUGCUCUCUUCAUUAACUGCUCUGUGAAGAUUAGGAGAAGAAUCCCUGAUUUUGACCGCCGUUCUCGGUAAAACCCAUUCGAUAAAGCCGAGAAAUUUACACAAAAAAAGUCGAAAAUUUUUCUCGGCUCCCCGGAAUGCUUCGAGUGGAUAUCUUCAUGAAACUCUGCUCUGCCAAUAUACUUCUUUCUUCAUUCUUUGUCAUUGUCUGUCUUCUGCCACUGGCUCUUGGCGAUCUGAACUCAGAUAGACAAGCCCUUCUGGCAUUUUCUGCCGCUGUGCCCCAUGGCAGGAAGCUCAACUGGAAUGCUGCUUCCCCUAUCUGCACGUCGUGGAUAGGAAUCAACUGUAGUGAGGACGGUACAAGUGUCAUUGGAGUGCGGCUCCCUGGGGUCGGACUUACUGGUCCGAUUCCCAAUGGCACUCUCGGGAAGUUGGACUCCUUGAAGGUUCUUAGCCUGAGAUCCAAUCUCCUCAGUGGUAAUCUGCCUUCUGAUAUCCUUUCACUCCCUUCUCUCAGUUACCUCUUCCUCCAACAUAAUAACUUUACUGGUGAUAUUCCAACUAUGAUUUCGCCUCAACUUGCUGUCUUGGAUCUCUCGUUUAAUUCAUUGACUGGAAGCAUUCCACCAACCAUUCAGAAUUUGACUCAACUUACGGCAUUGAGUCUUAAUAACAAUUCGCUUUCUGGAUCGAUUCCUGAUCUUGGGUUCACACGUCUAAGACGUGUUAACUUAAGUUACAACCAUCUUAAUGGCACCAUUCCAUCUUCUCUACAGAAGUUUCCCAGUUCUUCUUUUGUUGGAAAUUCUUUAUGUGGGCCACCUUUGAGUCCUUGUUCAAGUGUUCUUCCUCCUUCCCCUUCCCCCUCCCCCAGAGCCUUUCCACCUCCUUCAGGGGCCCCUCAAACACAAAGCUCCAAGAAGAAACUUGCACUGGGAGCUAUCAUUGCCAUUGCCGCUGGAGGUGCUGUACUGCUGUUUCUGGUUGUUUUAGUUUUAUUUAUUUGCUGCUUUAAGAGAAAGGAGAGUGAUGGUGCGCCCACCGUGCCGAAAGUUAAGUCUUCUGGUGCCGGGAGGAGUGAGAAGCCAGGAGAGGAGUUUGGCAGUGGGGUGCAAGAACCUGAGAAAAACAAGUUAGUGUUCUUCGAAGGUUGUGCUUACAACUUUGACCUUGAGGAUUUAUUGAGGGCCUCGGCCGAAGUGCUGGGUAAAGGUAGUUUUGGGACAGGGUACAAGGCAAUUUUGGAGGAGUCAACGACAGUGGUUGUGAAAAGGUUGAAAGAGGUAAUCGUCGGGAAGAAGGACUUUGAACUGCAAAUGGAAAUGAUAGGGAGAGUCGGGCAACAUCCAAAUGUUGUGCCUUUACGUGCUUAUUAUUACUCCAAGGAUGAAAAGCUCCUGGUCUAUGAUUACUAUCCAAGUGGCAGCUUGGCAGCUCUGUUGCAUGGAAACAGGACUGCUGGACGAACUCCACUGGAUUGGGAUUCAAGAGUCAGGAUAUCGCUAGGGGCAGCUAGAGGCAUUGCUCACCUGCAUGCUGCAGGUGGGGCAAGAUUUACUCAUGGAAAUAUAAAGUCCUCAAAUGUGCUCUUGAACCAAGAUGUAGAGGCUUGCGUCUCAGAUUUCGGGUUAGCCCCUCUCAUGAACUCUCCUGCCUCAUCAUCACGGCACACUGGGUACCGAGCGCCAGAGGUGAUUGAAACAAGAAAACACACUCACAAAUCAGAUGUGUACAGUUUCGGGGUAAUGUUACUCGAGAUGCUUACAGGAAAGCAACCAAUUCAAUCCCCUGGCCGCGACGACAUAGUUGAUCUCCCUAGAUGGGUACAAUCCGUCGUUCGGGAGGAAUGGACGGCUGAAGUUUUUGACAUCGAGUUAAUGAGAUUCCAAAAUAUUGAAGAAGAGAUGGUGCAGAUGCUGCAAAUAGCCAUGGCUUGUGUUGCAAAGGUGCCGGACGCACGACCAAACAUGGACGAAGUAGUUAGGAUGAUAGAGGAGGUGCGGCCAUCCGACUCGGAAAACCGGCCAUCAUCCGAGGAGAAUAAGUCGAAAGAGUGAAAUGUGCAGACCCCAUGAUUCUUUGGAAAUGAUUCUGGUUUCUGAUGACAUUUGUUGUUUAGGUAAAUUCUUACCUCCCUGUGAAGGUAGGUUAGGCUUAUUGUUUAGGGUGUGAAUUUGUGAAUUGCCAAAUUACAUAGGGAUGUGUUUCCUGUAAUGGAUUCAGUAACUUGUGGAUUAUUGUUUCUUAAAUCUUUGGUAUACCAUUUAAUUCUUUGU